AUGACUGAAUGCAACAUUAGUGGCAACAUUCCCAAAGAAAUCAACAACUUAAACAACUUGAUAGAUUUACAAUUGGAAGACAAUGAAUUGACUGGAUCAAUUCCAGUUACAUUUGGUGGAUUACGGAAACUCCAAGGUUUGAAUCUUGAACGUAAUAAAUUGGAAGGAUUCAUCCCAAGUAGUCUUUAUCAAUUGAAUGAAUUGGUUGAGUUGCAAUUGGGUGGUAACAAGAUCUAUGGAUCCAUACCUGCAUGCUUAGGUAAUCUCAGUACACUAAGAAAAUUGUCGUUAGGUUUCAACAAAUUAACUUCUUUUAUGCCCUCAACUUUGUGGAACCUUAAGGACAUCUUGUACUUGAAUUUGUCAUCAAAUUCUUUGGAUGGAUCUCUUCCAUUAGAGAUUGGAAAUCUUAAGGUUGCGAUAAACAUAGAUUUGUCAAGGAAUCUUCUUUCAAUAAAUAUUCCAAUUGUUAUUGGCAGCCUAGAAAAUCUACAAAACCUUUCCUUAGCAUUCAAUAGAUUACAAGGCUCAAUUCCUGAAACAUUUGGUCACUUGAGAAGCUUUGAAUUCUUGGAUUUGUCAAGUAACAAUCUUUCUAGAUUGAUUCCCAAGUCUUUAGAAAUAAUCUUUUACCUCAAAUAUCUAAAUUUAUCUUUCAAACAACUAAGUGGUGAAAUUCCUGAAGGAGGGCCUUUUGGAAAUUUCUCAACUAAAUCAUUUAUGGAGAUCCUUGCAUUAUGUGGUUCUUCUCGAUUGCAUAUUCUACUAUGCAAAACUAGCACCCAUGGAAAGUCAAGUUCAAUAAAACUUAUUGUUGAUACAUAA